AGUGCCGAUCCGCGGAGCAGCAGGGCCGUCUUGAAGUUGCUCUGCUUCCUUGCCAACGCUGGCGUCACCAGAGAGGACCUCGGCGACGGCGACUGCGAGGGCCUCCUGGUCCCGGCGGAUUAUAUGGGCAUCUGCGGCAGGUGGCAGUGCGGCAACCCGCUCAUCGACCACUGCUUCUUCACCGAUCCCGUGGAUCGGAAGUCCAGCCAGGCCCUGGCUGCCCCGGCCGCGGACGCCCGCGCCAGCCUGCCCGCGGCAGGCCCUGGCGCCGACGCCCUGGCGUCCGUGCGGAGACGGAGGCGCUUGCGGAGCAUGCCCGCCCGAUCUCGCAUUCGGCCCGGCAGGCUCUGCACAUGUGGCUACGACGCCUGGUGGAGGAGGGCCUGGCGGCAGCACUUCCAGAACGCCUCCGAGCUGGAGCGCCGGCGGAGGACGGCCGCGGCCGCGGCCGCGGCCGCGGAGAGCACCCGGCGGCACGGCGUGUGCAGGUGGGCGGAGCCCUUCCGGCAGUGCGAUGCGCACGGGGGCGCGGCCCUCUCGCAGCUGUGGGACCGCUUCGGGGCCCAGCUGGCCAUGAAGCUCACGGGCGAGAUAGACGACGAGCCUCCUCCGGCGGCGCUGGAGAGCCCCCCGAAUGGGACGCGCGAGGCCUCGGAGGCCAGGCCCUGGAGGCACUGUGCGGACGAGGGCGAGAUCUGCCUCUGCGCCGGCGAGAUUCGCUUCGGCGCCGGGGCGCAGUGGGCCGCGGAGACGCUGAACGCUCGGCACGGGCUGCUCAGCUGCAUCGCCUCCUUUUUCGAGGGCAGCGGCGCGCUGCCAGAGGGCACCCAGCGGACCUGCGAGUGCAGCUCCCCAGUGCCCCCCGGGCCCCUGCGGGUGCCGAGCAAUGCCACGAGCCUGGUCUCCAAAGACAAAAAGCGGAGCCAAGCCCAGAGCUACAUCAGGAGCACCCCUUACUCGGAGGACUUCACGAACGGCGCGCGGUACGACUACGCGUCCGCGGGUGCCGGUGCCCGAUUGGUGAAGCACGCCAAGGGCAUACUCCACGCGAGGACGAUAUUGUCCCCUGACACGUCCACGUACAUGCUCGCGUCGUGCAGCAUGCGCACCUGGUUCGUGGUGUCGUUGCUCGAGGACCUGUUCCUGGAGUACAUCGGGCUGGUAUCGCUGGAGCUCUUCGCCUCCGGGUUCCGACAUCUGCAGGUCCUUGGCUCGACGAAGUACCCCACGGACGAGUGGACCGUGCUCGGCGUGGUCGAGACCAACUUCACGGGCUCCUACGAGCUCUUCGACAUCGGCGCGAGGUGCCGCCAAGAGGCCGAGUGCUGGGUGCGCUUCCUGAAGAUCCGAGUCCUGAGCCACCACGAGAUGGAGGACAACACCUUCUGCGCCCUGACCCGCUUCCAGGCCUUCGGGUCCACACAGAUGACGUACAUCGCCGACGAGAGCAACAAGCCUGCCGCCGUCGACAGCCGCAUCGAGCCCUCCCUCGCCGACGUUGCCGAGUGGCACGACCUCACCGCACAGGCGGCGCUGGCCGGCCCUCUGGGCCGCGGCGCACCGCCAGAGGCCGCGUCUCACCCGCCAUCGCCGGUGCGGGCUGUCCGCGAGGAGUCCCAGCCAGAGCCGCCGCCGCAGCCCGCGGCCGCGGCGGAGCCGCUGGGCCUGGCGAGGCGCGGCCCCUUCACGCAGGCCAUCGCCAGCAUCGACAGGACCCUGCAGAAGGCGCUGCAGCUGCCGCAGGUGGUCCUGCAGAGCCUCCGGGGGCCGGAUCGGCUGGAGGCCACGCCGGACGAGGAGCCCGUGGGCGGCCAGCCAGCGUCGGGCGGCGACGAGCACGCCGCUGCGGGCGAGGCCGCUGCAGGCCGGCCCGGUGCCGACGGGAGUGCCACGGAGAGGCCACGGCGGUCGCCGUUGGAGGUGCUGGCCGAGCUGACCGCCAGCGACGCCGCCGUGCUGGCCAACGACACUGGGCUGGCCUCCCUGCAGCGGCUGCAGCUGUCCCUCGGCUCCCUGCUGAACUCCCCGAGCGUCGCCGGAGCGCUGGAGCUCGCCGCGGGGGGCGGCAAGAACAAGUCGAAGCGGGCAAACAAGACGUCGUCGUCGACGCCGCCGCUCGUGCGCAUAGACAACGACCUGCGGGAGGUGCAGGAUGGGCAGGCCAUGCUGCAGGAGAGCGUGAAGGCGCUGGCCUCUGGCCUCAACUCUGCCCUCGUCCUCCUGGUGGACGUCCUGCGGGAGCACGACGACCGCGCGCAGCUGCUGGAGGACUCCCAGAAGUUCAGCGUGUGCGAGGCCCCCGGCGACGACGCCGGCCCGUACAGCUACAUCACCGGCUCGGCGCCCGCUGGGCCGCACAGGGUGCUGGCCGUGCCCCGGCAGCUCGCGGAGAGCCUCUCGCCCGACAGGUGCUUGCUGCUCGCGCUGCUGGCCUGGAACGUGCUGCUGUGCUACCGCAGCCGCUGGCAGACCACGCCGGCCGCCGAGCCCACGGACGAGGCGGUAGGCCUCUUCUGCGAGGCGGCGCAGCCGGGCGAGGACAAGCGCACAAUCUUGGAGUCGAACAGCCUCACCGUCAGCGGCGCGUCCGGCCGGCGGAUGCUGCGCGAGCUCCGGAAGCGCGAGCAGGGCAGGCCACGGCCCGAGCCCUUGCAGGAGAGUGUUUGUUUCCUUCCCGGGCGAUAA